UUGGGACAGCAGGCAGAGAAAUAUUCAUAUACCUGCAACAAGACCAAUUGCAAAAUCCUCAUGCAUAAGUAGAGAUCAAAUAAUAAAUCAAUACGUUUAGCAUCAACAAGGGACAGCUUAUCCGGAGAGGAAUGAAUAUUCGUGUUAAAAUUGGCAGACACACUGUCUGCUUAGCAAUACAGUCAGCUAGCUGACCAGCUGCUCAAACUUGGUAACGUUAAUUUAUGAGCAGAGCUGGGCUAGCUAGUUAGCACCACGGGCUAUUCAAAAAUCCCUUUGUACCUCAACUUCUUCUGUUUUCGCACAAAUCGCGUGUCUAAGUGCAAAAGUCAUUAUAGGUCACAAAUCUGUAUCUCAGGAUCCUUGCAGAACCUUAAAAAACACCUGAGGACUAAGACCUGCUGCUCCUGGCAUUUGUUUUUGUGCACAGCCUCUUGUACAUACAUUUAUACAUUGUAAUGUGUAGUAUGUAAAUUAUUUUAGAACAUCAAACUCGUGAAUGACAAAAAUAUAAAAAAAAUUAAAUGGGGGAAGACAGUUAUGAGUCAUUUUUAGGUCAAGUAUUCAAUAUUCAUGUCUGUUGUAAAAUUAUAGCCCGAUGAACGGAGUCUACAUCCCCCAUGCCCACAUAGAUCGCAGCGAUCGCUUGAUCCAACAUCCUUGAUGAUCAAUUGGUCUUAAAUUGAUCACUCUGUUUGGCAGUCAUGAAUGGCUCCCUCUUAACUCCGCCCAGUCCCCGGGCUGCGGCUAAUUCGUCUCCUCUCCCACCCUCCCCAUCUCCCUCCCCUUCUCCUCCAUCCCCAUCAGUGUUGCCCCUCUCCACAAGACCCCCGCCACUGCCUCCUCCGACUCCUGCUGGUCUGCCCUUGUCAUCAUUAUCUGACACGCCCACACCAUCUCCAUCUCCCUGUCUUAGCUGGACCGAGUUCUGUGAGCUCCACGCACGGGUAGCCGCCGGUGACUUCGCCCGUCAUUAUCGGGCCUUCUUGCAGGAGAACCCGCAUUACUCCCCCGAUUCUGCUGCUGCUUUCUGUCGCCGCUUCACUGACAGAUUUGUUCGACAUUUUGAGAGUGAACUCGAGGGGACUGGCGCUGGCAGGGAAGGAACAGGAAACUGGGUAGCCCAGUCAGAUGUUACAUCGCUGGAAGAGGACGCAACAUCCCCGUCCCUGCUGCCACCAGAGAUCACUACCCCCUGCCCAUCCACUCACAUGCGGGCCUCACCCAAACCUCUUUUGCCCCAACACGGACAGGAGGAAAGCCGUGAUGCCGAAAGAUUUCAGAUCCCUGCAGCAUUUCAGGACUCGUAUGCCCAUACACAAAUUCUCCCCCCUUCCUCCUCGUCUUCGUGCUCGUCCUCAAUGGGCGGCAAUAAUGGGCGGAGGGAGGAGAGAGGACUCGCAGUUAAACAGUAUCCUCACAAUCCAUCUGGCUACAAGGACCUGGAAGAAGAAGAUGACAGCUGGACGGGGCCUGUAACUGGAGAGGAACUGGAUGCAGAUGCUGUAGGGAAGGACAAUGAGACAGAAGGUGAGGAUACCUCAGAAAGAGCUGAUCUCGACCAGAUGCCAACAUACCCCAACCCCUCUGGCACACCAGCAGGCUCUGGAUCAAAAGGAAAUGGUACCCCCAUGGGGAGUCACUCCAAAAACAAACUAAAAAAGCGUUUUUCUUUACGCAGUGUGGGUCGCAGUGUCAGGGGGAGCGUGCGUGGCAUCUUACACUGGCGUAGUUCCUCCAGUGACUCCCCUCAAAACUGCACUUCGGGUAACUCCACCCCUCUUCCUUCCAGUUACAGCUACACUACAGGCCUGCAAGAUGGCAAGAGGAACUCCAGCUCUCAGGCUGUUCCCUCUUCUCUUCCUGUCUCUCUGUCCCUCCCUCUUUCCCUGCCCCACUCUUCAUCAUCAUCAUUGCCUCCAUCAUCAUCCAGCAGUGCAACCUCGCUCUCCUUUUCUGAGGCCCGUGAUUGGCGGAGGAGUAACGGAGAUGGGGAGAAGGAGAAAUGGAGUCACAGGUUGGACAAGUUGCGACUGUCCCGGUCACCGCCACCCACUCUGUCCACUGCUACUCCACCCUCCUCGGCCAUAUCUCCCUCUGGUUUGCCCCCCAGCUGCGCUGGUGCCCCUAGGAAAAUGGGCAGGCUGGUCCGGGAGGGAGGAGUUACUGUGUGCUCGUCUUCGGAUGAGUUUUCGAGCUCUCUUGGAUUCCCUGGGUUCUCGUUUGGACUGCUGCACCAUGGUACGGACAACAGCAACUCUGCAUCAGUGCAUCCUUCAGCCAUGGGGGGAGCUGUUGGUGGAAGGGGGGCCCGUUGGCACAAGUGUCGCCUAGUUCUGAAAGAGCGAGAUAAGGACGGAGGGGAAGGAUUGCUGGAGUAUUUCCUGGAGUUUUACAUCCCACCUAAGUCCUCCAAACCCAGAUUGACUAUCCCAUGCUGCUCCAUCGUUGAUGUUAGAAGCACUACAGCCAUAGAGGUGCCGGACAAAGAGAAUACCUUCCUUCUGCGAUUGGAAGGGCAGGUGCAGUACGUGAUCGAGACCAGAGAUGCAGUUCAGAUGAGAGCUUGGCUCAGUGACAUCAGAAAUGCCAUUUGUCUGAGUGAGCAAGAGGAUGUCGAGGGAGUUUGUGGCAGUGCUCUCACUGACCUCAGCGGAACGCCGGAUUUCAGCGACCGUCUGUCUCAAGUGUGCUAUGGUGGAGUCGGUGGUUCUCCCCAACUUGAGCCUCUACCUCCUGAGUUACCGCCCCGUGCCCCUCUUGACGAAUCAGACAAUCGAUUAGUUGGUGGAGGCGGAGCAGGUCUCGGCACGCCUUUUGCUGAAACUCCUGAUGCAACAGGGUCCUUCCUGUUCUCUGAAGGUUCUGUGUCGGAAACUGUAGAACAUCCUCUAAGCGAGUGUCAGUGGUUCCACGGCACACUCUCCCGUCUAAAGGCGGCCCAGCUGGUGCUGUCGGGUGGCAUGGCCAGCCAUGGGGUGUUCCUCGUCCGGCAAAGUGAGACACGCCGUGGAGAAUAUGUUCUCACCUUCAACUUCCAGGGCAAGGCAAAGCACUUACGUCUCUCCCUGAAUGAGGACGGACAGUGUCGUGUGCAGCAUCUUUGGUUCCAGUCCAUUUUCGACAUGUUGGAGCAUUUCCGUGUGCACCCCAUUCCCCUAGAAUCAGGGGGGGCCUCUGACGUCACCCUCAUCAGUUUUGUGGGUGCUACAAAUGUCCGGCAACCAGGCCGGGAAAGGGCAGGCAGCCGCCCCACAGUCUGUGAUGUCAUCACCACGCGCCACCCUGACUCUCCAUCAACCCCCAUCUCUGACUGUGUACUUGACCAGCAGACCCCGUAGUCCUCCCCAGCCACCGCCUCCACCUUUGCCUCCUGGACGCCCUCCGCCCCCAACCCCACCGCAAGACAGAGGGAGUGAAACUGAGGCCGCGGGAGGAGGUGGAGCCAGCAGCGGGGCGGAGGAGUGCGAGGAACGCGAAAGGGAUCC